CCAUUAAAGUCAUUGACUAUAGAUUUUGAGAGACUUUGAAAAAUCCAAAAAACCCUUAUCCCUUCCUUUGCUUCCUUGUUUUUCAUAUCAAUAAUUUGGAAAAAAAAAACAGCAUCCACUUCAUCUUCUUUCAUCUGUUUUUUCAAAACAAGUUCCAUGAUUGACACAAUUGCCACCCAGAUCAGUGAUUGACCCAACUCAGAAAAACCAUCAAGUUUUUGCUUUUCUUUUCAAUUCAUUCUCUUUUUGGAAUUCUUGCUUGUUUUGCAGAUGACCCAGUUGGGAAUUCAAGAUGAUUUUGUGAUUUAAUGUAUGCCCAUUUGAUUAUUGGAUUGGUUUUGGACUUUUGGCUUUAGCUGUGUAAGAUUCCUUUGUCAGUGUGUUGAAUUCUGCCAUGAUGUUUCCUUUUAACCAUUACUUUCAAUCAGAUUAUUCUGUUUAUCUAUUCAUGUAGAUAGACCUAGCUCAUUUAUUCUGUAUUUCUUCAUUCAUAUUCUUAAGCCAGGAAAUUUCAUCAGAACAUUUGAUAACUCUUCAUAGUUUCCUUAAUUGUUUCCUUAAUUAUUUGGUUAACCUUUUCAUAUUUUGUAUGCUAUUUGGGUGUUGAGUGUGAUUGAGAGGACUCAAACUUUUUUUUUUUUGGUAUCAAGUUUUGCAGAAUACUCGAGUAAGAUACUUUGAUUUAAUUCAUUUUAUUCAUGAUUGAAACUCAAAUGAAGUGAUUCAAUGGACUAUUUCUAGGUCUGAGGUAAAACUGAAGCUAUUUGAUUUCUGAAAUUCACGAGUUCCUGAAAUCUGAGUAUGGCUGAGAGCCAAGACCAAUUAGAGAUCAAGUUUCGGUUGAGUGAUGGUUCUGAUAUUGGCCCCAGAAGUUUUGCUCCUGCUACUAGUAUUGCAACACUGAAAGAGAGUAUUCUAGCUCAAUGGCCAAAAGACAAGGAGUAUGGCCCAAGAACUGUAAAAGAUGUGAAGUUAAUUAGUGCUGGAAAAAUAUUGGAGAACAACAGAACGGUGGGGGAAUGCCAGAGCCCAUUGUGUGAUCUACCUGGUGGAGUUACAACAAUGCAUGUUGUUGUGCAACCACCUACUGUGGAGAAAGAUAAGAAAGUGGCAAGCGAUGCUAAGCAAAACAAAUGUGGAUGUAUUAUAUUAUAGGAUACGGAUUGAAUAGAUGUCAUCUUUUUUAGGUGGUUAAGGCUACACUUGUAUUCAUUUUUAACAUGAUCUAUGGUUUUCAGAGAUUUCCUCAUACACAAAUUCUUUGGUUGCAAAAUGGCCUCAUUAAUGCUACAGUUAAAAGAGUUUCUGAGUUGAUGAGGAUUGUGAAGCCAGUUGAUGCAAAAUGGUUUCAGAGUUAAACCUUUUGAAUGUGCUGUAAUACCAUAGCUACUCUUGUAACUCUUGUACAACAGUUAAGGCAAUAGUGGCUUAACUACAUGCAUCACUCUCAUGAAAUGGUGGUAAUGGUUGUGACUCUGCAGUUUAAAUUCCCUUUGCUUUCGUUUAUGUUUAGGAAAAAAUCACAAAAUAUGUACUGU